UUACGUGUCGCUGACAGCAGUGUACUACAGCCGAUUACAACUGGUUCAUUCAACUUCAACAGUGGCGGUCGUAUGAAAGUAACAUCACUGCUGUCACACGGCGUUCGUAACUAUCGUGCAAUGGCAAGAAUUCCCGAAACCAUCCUCUUAUUCGACGUCGACGGUACUCUUACCGCUCCCAGAUUGAAAAUAGAAGAUGACAUGUUCAAAUUUAUGGACCAAGUGAGAGGUAAAGUAGCUUGUGGUCUGGUUGGAGGAUCUGAUUUGAAGAAGAUCGCAGAACAGAUGGGAGGCAUGGAAGGUGUGAUGAAGUUCGAUUAUGUUUUUGCUGAAAAUGGUUUGGUAGCUUACAAGAAUGGGGACCUGAUUGCUAAAGAGUCUAUUCAGAACUACAUGGGAGAAGAAAAACUUCAAACUUUCAUCAAUUUUGCUUUGCGUUACAUGUCUAACAUUACCCUGCCAGUGAAGAGGGGUACAUUCGUAGAAUUUCGUAAUGGCCUCAUUAAUGUUUGUCCAGUAGGUCGUAGUUGCUCCCAAGCAGAAAGAGACCAGUUUGGUGAAUAUGAUAAGGAACAUAACAUCAGAAAGAAAUUUGUGUCUGAAUUAGAGAAAGAAUUUUCUGAUGCUGGUCUGGUGUUUUCUAUAGGUGGGCAGAUCAGCUUUGAUGUUUUCCCCAAAGGAUGGGAUAAGACUUACUGCCUUCGCUUCUUGGAGAAAGAUUUUAAGGUGAGUCAUUUUCAGGUCUCUGAAGAUAUAUUCUGUAUAAGGAAGGAAAUGAGUAACAGAUUAUUAUAA